AAGAUAAAGAAGGAGCAGGACGCAGACUUUCCAGGAAUUCAAACUACAACGGCAGCUCAAUCCUACAGUAUGAAUUUCAGCUUCAGUGAACCCAGGACCAGCCAUGGGCUUGGAAACCAAGGCUCUGGAGAUUCACAACUGAGACUUGUCUUACUGGGUAAAACUGGAGCAGGAAAAAGUGCAACAGGGAACAGCAUCCUUGGAGAGAAAGUGUUUCAUUCCAGCAUUGCAGCAAAAUCCGUCACCAAGACCUGUGAGAAAGGGAAAAGCACAUGGGAUGGGAGAGAAAUUGUCGUCGUGGACACGCCUGGCAUUUUCGACACUGAGGUUCAGGCUGCCGACACACGCCAGGAGAUUGCCCGCUGCAUCCUCCUGAGCUCCCCAGGGCCUCACGCUCUGCUCCUGGUGAUCCCGGUGGGCCGCUACACACCGGAAGAGCACAAGGCCAUGGAGGAGAUGCUGGCAAUGUUUGGAAACAAAGCUAAGAAAUACAUGAUCCUCUUAUUCACCCGGAAAGAUGACUUGGAUGGCAUGGAUUUCCGUGAUUACUUAAAGGAAUCUGCAAAAGGCAUUCAAGAGCUGAUAGGCCAGUUCAGUAAUCGCUACUGUGUAUUCAACAAUAAGGCGACAGGUGCUGAGCAGGAGGUCCAGAGGGCAGAGCUGCUGGCCCUGGUCACGCGCGUGGUGAUGGAGAAUGAAGGAGGAUACUACACUAAUCAGAUGUUCCAAAAGGCCGAGGAUGAGAUUCAGAAACUGAUCCAAAGGAUGCAAGAAAAUCAUAGAAAAGAGCUGGAGAGAGAGAAAAGGCGGAUAAGAGAGGCGUAUGAAGAGAAAAUCAGAAAGCUGGAGGAUGACCUGGAGCGGGAAAAGAGAAAGGCACAAAUGGAGAGGGAAUUCGCUGAAAAGGAGAAUCAAUAUGCUUCUAGGCAGCGAAAUGCCAGAGAUGAGGUUGAGAGGCAGAGUGGAGUAACUGAAUUAAUCUUGCACGUAUUGCAGAUUGCUAGCACUAUUUUCUCAUUUCUGUUUAGUGACGAUUAAGCUUAAUGAAAAUUGUCUAUUCUCCCUGCAUAUUUUCAGGUGCCCCUGCCCCAUAAAACUCAUUCACCAAAGCCAGAGCUCUCUGUUUCUGUCUCUCGGGCCCUCAGGACUAGGAAGCGUAGUCAAGUUCACUGUUGGAAAUUGGUAGCCGGUUGAUUGAUGUCACAGGGGAGGGACAAAUUCUCAAUGUGCAAAACUCCAAAGCAGAAAGUAUGGCUGCUCCCUGUCUUCUGAAUUCUUUCUCAGAAAUACAGAGGAAAGGAAUGCAGGAGACCAACAGAACAUGGCCCCAGGCUUUCUCUGUUUAUCCCUAGUAAAAGUUUCUCCUCUAGAUUCUUUCCAGAUUGGCAGAUAAUCUCCGCCUGUGGCUUCUACUACCUUGUGUUUGGCUUUAGGACCACACUGAUCAUUUUACCCAUAUGGUUUGUUAGAAAAAUCAAUUCUUUGCAUUAGGUAAUCUAUAGCUACAGAUGCUUGUAGAAUUCUUUCUAGAGGAACAUAAAUUUAUUUCAUUACAUUCUUACAGAAGGACUGAAAUUGUUCCUUCUCACUCUCCCUCUCACUGAAGAACACAGAGUUGUCUGGCAAACAGAUCUCUCAGAACUCAACUAAAGUGAAACGCCAGGAAAAAUCAAACGACAGAGAUUCAACAGAUAAGAGAACAAUGUUUGGUAUAUUUAGAUGUAUCUGUAGAAACACUUUACCCAACCUCAAUGUCACCAAUUUGCUAAAUAACCACUUGCCUCCUUUUCUUGUGAAACCAACUGUUGCCACCCACUUCCUUCACCCCACACCUUGAUGCUGCUCCCGCCCACUUGCAUUGUUUGCUUAUUGUUAUUAUAAUAAAAUUUUCUGUUUUCUCA